AUGGUGCGACGCUUACAACGACAACUGCCCUUUUUGCGGAGCGUGUUGCGAGAAGCCGACCAGAACGUGAGACGAGAACGAUUGCAGCAUGCCAAUGCCGAUCAAGUCAAUGCCAUCAGUGAGUUGGUGAUGAACACCUUGAAAGGGAACGUGGAGGUCCCCCCUCGACUCUUGGAUCAACUGCGUCCGCACAAGCGCGCUUUGCGCGAGAUGGCGCGUCGCAAACAUUCCAUAAAACGGCGACGGUACGUCAUGAUGGCUCAAACCGGGGCGGGAGUGUGGCACGCCUUGCAUCGUGUGUGUCGUCAUUGCCUGACAGGAUGAGUCACCGACCGUACCAGAAAAAGUACCUGGUGUCCCCGGCGGACAUGGAGCGACUGGUGGAACAAUACAAGGGCACGUUGAUGGAGAAUUCGCGGUUGACGCAUGCCGCGCGGUUGGCCGCCAAACAACACGUCUUGUUGGCGUCCCCCGAGAUUUCGCCGGCCACCAAGAAGAUCCCCGUCAAGGCCCUGGGACCCGAGGUGCGUCGGGCUACCAAACGCGUGCGGACCAUGAACCUGCCGGCGGCCGGAGGGGCGGCGGGAGCGGACGAGGACGACGAGUUUGCUCAAGGACCCAUGGAGACCUUCUUGAAAACGCUUAUAAAAAGCAGCACCCCUCAACCCCAGGCCACACCCAAACGCAAGCCGAAAGUUCCACCCAAGCCGAAAAUUCCGUCCAAGACACCCAUCUCGUUGCCGUUACCGGACGACGAUUGGGAACAGGAAUUGGCGGUACCCAUUCCCAGCACCUCCAAGAGCAAGACGACGCCGACCUUGGGCAAAGGCAAGUCGCCUCUCUCUGUCUCGAGAUCCCCCUUGACCGUCAAGAAACACAGCCGAUUUGGGCAGGCCGCCAAAGAGGGCAAGAAACUGGCCAAGGAAGUGCUCAAGUUGAAACGUCAACCCGGGUGGAGCGAGUGGGGAGAAAAAGUCCAGCGGAAACUCGAUGGCAAGGACUACUAGACGCCGCCGGCGUGCGUCGCGCCGUGGCCACCGCCGUCGUCGCAUGAUCGGUCGAGGGUUGGACAUCCAAAAAUGGUUGAACAAGACAGGCAUCGAAUUUCAUUGGCCGGGGUAUCAAUACAUGGGGCCUGGCACCCAUUUGGAGAAACGUCUGAAGCGCGGGGAUCCCGGGAUCAACCGGUUGGAUCGCAUUGCCAAACAGCACGACAUUGAUUAUUCUCGGGCGCGCACAAUCCAGGACAAGUGGAAAGCCGACGACAAGAUGAUUCGCGCCAUUAAUACCCUCCCUGGGAAAAAGACCUGGACCGAAGCCAUCGUCAAAAAAAUCAUGCAAGCCAAACGUAAAUUGAAACUGUAA